AUGACUUACCUGUUUGACUUUUCUCAUGGACCAAAGCCUGGGACCCCACAUCGGCUUUGGCAGUCUUAUUUUGACUUAAUAUUGGUGGAUGCAAGGAAACCACUGUUUUUUGGGGAAGGAACUGUGCUCAGACAAGUGGAUACUAACACCGGCAAGCUUAAAAUCGGGACCUACACAGGACCAUUGCAACAUGGAAUUGUCUAUUCAGGAGGCUCUUCAGACAUUGUGUGUGACUUGUUAGGUGCUAAAGGGAAAGAUAUACUAUAUAUUGGAGAUCACAUCUUUGGUGAUAUUUUGAAGUCCAAAAAGCGUCAGGGGUGGAGGACGUUCUUGGUCAUCCCGGAGCUGGCACAGGAGCUUCAUGUUUGGACAGACAAAAGCUCACUUUUUGAAGAGCUUCAGAGCUUGGAUAUCUUCUUGGCAGAACUGUACAAACACCUGGACAGUAGCAGUAAUGAGAGACCUGACAUCAGCUCCAUCCAGAGGCGGAUUAAGAAAGUCACUCACGACAUGGACAUGUGCUAUGGGAUGAUGGGAAGCCUUUUCCGCAGCGGCUCCCGUCAGACAUUGUUUGCCAGUCAAGUUAUGCGAUAUGCAGAUCUCUAUGCAGCUUCCUUCAUCAAUCUCUUGUAUUACCCAUUCAGCUACCUCUUCAGAGCAGCACAUGUCCUGAUGCCCCAUGAAUCUACUGUGGAGCAUAUUCAUGUAGAUAUUAAUGAAUCUGAAUCCCCAAUGGCAACAAGAAACCGCAGUUCCCUGGACUACAAAGACUCUGACUUCAAGCGACAUCAUUUGACCCGCUCCAUCAGUGAGAUCAAACCUCCCAACCUCUUCCCACAGGCCCCACAGGAGAUUACACACUGCCAUGAUGAGGAUGAUGAUGAGGAGGAGGAAGAAGAGGAGGAGGAAGAGGAAGAGUAA